AUGCACUUCAUGAUUCAGAACAUUGAGAAGACAGCCCUGCUCUCUGAGCAUGUCAAUCUGCUUAUCACUGAGAUGGAACCCGAGGCAGCAGACCAGGAAAUGUGGGAUUUUGAGACAGUGAAGAGAGAUUUUGAGAUGAUUAUCAUCUCAGAUGAGAAGAAGGAGAAGAAGAAGAAGAAGAAGAAGAAGAAGAAUGAGAAGUGA